UUUUGACUCCGCUCAGACAAAAGAGAGGAAGCAGCCGAGAAGCCCGGACGAAGGAGAAGCUGAGAGAACUGGGUAAGCCAUCUUAAAGGACAGAACUGAACAAGCCAUCGGGCAUUCUCUAAUGUGCAGUAACGAUGAGCCCAGCAUACGGAGCUAUGGAAGUGGAGCGCUACGCAAAGGGAGUUCUGCUCGAGCCUUUUUUACACCAGGUCGGGGGGCACUCAUGUGUCCUUCGCUUUAACGACAAGACCAUCUGUAAGCCCCUCAUUCAAAGGGAGCACCUGUUCUAUGAAACACUCCCUGCAGAGAUCCGAAAAUUUACACCUCAGUAUAAAGGUGUGGUAUCUGUAAGCUUUGAAGAAGAUGAAGACGGGAAUAUGUGCCCAAUUGCCUAUCCUUUGAACCGGGACCAAGAGAACCUAGAAAAUGUGGACUUCAUGUCAGACUGCAGCGAGGCCAAAAGUAAACUGCUCAUGUGGUCUAAUAAGAAUGAUAACCUCACUAAGGAAAGGGUUCGGCAACAUAGGAAGGAAGAGAAAAUGAAAAGCCACAAACUAGAAGAAGAAUUUGAGUUGUUAAAGCAAUCAGAAGUUUUGUAUUACAGCGUGGAGAAGAAAGGGAAUAUCAGUUCACAGUUUAAGCACAACCUUUGGAGUACAAAACGUCACCAGCAACAGAUCCAACGUAUGAAGGAAUACGCCAAACACAGGAACCAAUACAAAUUUUUAUUAUUGGAAAACCUGACGUGUCGGUACCAGGUACCGUGUGUCCUGGAUCUGAAGAUGGGAACGCGACAACACGGCGAUGAUGCAUCAGAGGAAAAGAAAGCCACUCAAAUCGAGAAGUGUCAGCAAAGCACGUCUGCGAUUAUUGGGGUCCGGGUGUGCGGCAUGCAGGUCUACCAAACUGGCACGGGGCAACUCAUGUUCAUGAACAAAUACCAUGGCAGGAAACUUUCAGUCCAGGGCUUUAAAGAAGCACUUUACCAGUUCUUUCACAAUGGGAAAAACCUGCGCCGGGAACUGAUAGACCCUGUGAUCAAAAAACUGACAGAACUUAAAAUGGUUUUAGAAAAACAGGAGUCUUAUCGUUUUUAUUCCAGUUCACUGCUUAUUAUUUAUGAUGGGAAAGAAUUACCCGAGGUUCCUAUGGACUCCGACUCUGAAGACCUAGGGGAUCUCUCGGAAGAAUCUUCGGACGAAUCUGCCGGCGCCUACGCCUACAAACCUUCCAGCAACAAACACACGGCCAGCACUGCAGACGUCCGAAUGAUAGACUUUGCACACACGACCUGCAAGUUUUACAGGGAGGAUCGCGUGGUACACGAAGGCCAGGACACAGGCUACAUCUUUGGACUGCAGAAUUUAAUAGCUAUUAUUAAAGAAAUAAGAGAUGACGGCAGCGAAUAAAGGAAGAUGCAGAAAAAAACUGUUUGUACGAAGCACUAGAAUAACUAUGUCUAUUCCAAAAUGAUGACCACUCUUUGUGGUGGUAGAAAUCAUUACAGGAUACGACGGGCCUCGCCUGUCCGAAGACUUGGUCUAAAGAAAACGGAGAGGGCAUUUACUAAGCUGUGCUGGACAGAGCACUGAAAUUAUACUGUUAUACUUAUUUAUUUUCAAUAGUUCUAAAACAUUCCAUAUUUGAUGAUGCGAAUACCUCUGUUACACCAGUGUGUAUGGUUUGUGUUUAUUCCCCCUCUUCCUUUUUCUUUCUUUUUUUUUUUUUUGUUUGGUAUGUUAUGCUCCAAACAACCAUGGAAAUCGCAUGGACUGUGUUCCAUGCGCAGGUGCUCGGAGAAGCUUGGCCCUCUGUUACAUAGAGUUAUUGUCCGCACUACAACUUGAUAUCUAUGACUCGGAAUGAGAUAUAUAAAAAAAAUAUAUAAAUGCUAUGGUUAGAAAAAACAAAAAACAGUUACACUCUAUUGGACCUCAUUGCCGGUGUCUCAACGUGUAAUAUGUCUAUUUAUUGGGCUCCGGCCCGGGUUACAGUAGCAGUGGGACUAUAUGGCGAGUGAUGUAAGUUCAUGAACAUAUGUGCCUUUUAUCACACGAAACUAUAAAAUGCCAACUGCAAAGGUUUUCAUUACGGAGUUUAUCGAAUUACCGGGGAAGGGGGGGAGGGGACAUUCAUCAAAUAAGGAGCCUUGAGUUUACCACGAAAUGCGUUCCAUGUCAUUUGCACUUUUUUUUUUUUUGCUUCUCAAAAUUUAUCAUUAAACCAAAUACUUCUAUUUUGUCAUAUGUGUCUGUUAAGGGGAACAACAGAAGAUGUAAAAAAAAAAAAAAAUGUAAAGAAAGAUCUGCUUUGUGUCAGGUAUCUUGGUUCCCACAGCCUCGUGUUUUAUAUUCAGUACAAUAAGGAUUGGUUUGAUUAUAUAUAUUUUUUUUUCUUAAGAUCAUUGGCUCUGGUUAACCUCUAGAAUUUGCAGAUGUAGGAAGUCUGUUCUUCCCUCUGCUAUUUCUAUAGGAGCUCUAGGGCACGUCUGGUUUCCAUUGAUGGGUUAUUGAUAGCAAUAAUGUACGUCAUGACCACCAAAUAAUUCCAACUUAGUACAUUGGGUUAGCAGCAGCAUUGUCCUAGUAAUGGAUAUCUAUAUGGUUCUCAGAUGCUGUUGGUUUACUGCCAUGUCCAGCUAUUUACUGACUGGUUCUGGAGGACCUUGCACUAAGAUCAUCUCUGUUGUUUUUUUUUUUUUUUUUUUGUAUGGUUCACUUGAUAUCCUAAGGAAAGUCGCACCUAGACAGGCAUUCUGAUGGGCAAACUGUCAUGGAAGGGAAUGCACCUUACAAUUAUGGGCACAGUAUACCUCAGUGGUGCCCAUAAUCCCUAAUUGGAUCAUGACGGCACUCUGGUCAGUGAAGAUUUUGCCCAUAAAAAUGGCCGCCUCUGCUGCGUCUAGGAGAAUGCUGCUGCACCUUGACUACAACCCAUCACCAUGUCGAGCAAUGAGCAUUGGAUGCAUUUCUUUUCUUUUGUUCCUAAAAUAGUAAAUAAAAUUAUUCUAUGACUUGUAAA